GCCUCGCGGCGGGACAGAGCGAGACCCCGCCCUGUUCCCCAGCGUCCUCCGCGGUAGCAGGUUCUGACGUGGCCGCCGUCAGAGCCGCCAUCUUGUGGGAGCGAAACCAACGCCUGGCUGGGAGCAGCAGCCUCGCCGCGGCCGCCGAGGGUUUCUCUGUCCAGUGCUGCCCACCGGACAAUAGCAUGGGGAACAUCUUUGCCAACCUCUUCAAGGGCCUCUUCGGCAAAAAAGAAAUGCGCAUUCUGAUGGUGGGCUUGGAUGCUGCUGGGAAGACCACCAUCCUUUACAAACUGAAGCUGGGAGAGAUUGUGACCACCAUCCCCACUAUAGGCUUCAACGUGGAGACAGUGGAGUACAAGAACAUCAGUUUCACUGUGUGGGAUGUGGGUGGCCAGGACAAGAUCCGGCCUCUGUGGCGCCACUACUUCCAGAACACACAAGGGCUCAUCUUUGUGGUCGAUAGCAACGACAGAGAGCGUGUCAACGAGGCCCGUGAAGAGCUCAUGAGGAUGCUGGCAGAGGAUGAGCUCAGGGACGCAGUCCUGCUGGUAUUCGCCAACAAGCAGGACCUCCCCAAUGCCAUGAACGCUGCUGAGAUCACAGACAAGCUGGGCCUGCACUCUCUGCGCCACAGGAACUGGUACAUUCAGGCCACCUGCGCCACCAGCGGGGAUGGGCUCUAUGAGGGGCUGGACUGGCUGUCCAAUCAGCUGCGGAACCAGAAGUGAGCAUGCUGCGCCCCACCCUGCCUUCUCUCCCCUGAGGGGGCAUGGGAGGGGGAGAGUGCCAGAAGCUGCCCCUGGUGGUCAGUGUGCUUCACAUGCUGUAAAUGUGCAGACGCAGCCUGCAGCCGGGUUUUUAUUUAAUGUAAAUAGUUCUGUUUCCAACGUGGCAGUUUCUGGUACUCCUAUGCAAUAUUACUCAGCUUUUUUUAUUGUAAAAAGAAAAUCAACCCACUAUUGAGUACUGAAAAGGAUGGCAGACACUGGGGCCUCCCACAGGCAGUGCCCCCCUCUAGGCUUUAAAUCUGUGCAGCUCCAUCUCGGAGGUUGGUUUUUAACCCAAACUCCAUGUGUUUUUAAAAAUAGUCACAAACACUUGACACUCAGAAGGGAGCAGUGUACCUCGCUUGGGUUCUGCAGUGGCCUCUGCUCCAUUGGGACUUGGGGUGGAGUGGCCUGGCCCCUGCAUAGUCACAGUGGGACCCCUGAUUUGUGCCCGGGUCACUGCAUCCCAUGGCCUUUGUGCUUAUGCUCAUGUGGCCGCCCGGGGCGCGGGCCCCUGAAGGCGCCUGGAGCUCUGGAUGAGAUGCUCACAUGUGAGCAGGGGCCUCACCAGCAGGAGCAUGGGCAGCAGGGCAGCCCAUCUACACGUGCUUUCAACCCCUCAGCCUGCAAGGGUCAGACUUGCCAUCGAAACACCACCUCUUUUUCUUUUGUAUUUUGAUAAACACUGAAGAAGCUGGCGCUGUUAAACUUUACCUUGGGGAAACUCAGAACUGGUAUAUUUGGUGUUGUGGAACCUUUACUGCUUUCAAUACACAAUUAGUAAUCAACUGUUUGUAUACUUGUGUUCAGUUUUCAUUUCGACAGAUGAGCACUGUAAUUAAUAGCUGUCAGAAUAAAAUCUUACCAUUUCAUGGUU